AUGACGGGUGAUAUACCAACACAAAAUUCUCUUUUGGUCAUAAACGCUAUCCUCGCUGAAAAUCCAAAAGUCGUUAUUGACAUGGGAAUAAUUGAUAAUAUAAUAUCAAUUAUAGUCGUUGGCUCUUCUAGUAACCAGCCGUCCGUUGCCGACACUUCAAUAAUUGCGGCAGGAAAAAUUCUGCUUACAGAGAUGCAUCAUCAAGAACAAAUAGUGAGCCGUCUUGUGGAAGCACUGGCAGCUGAUAUUCGUGAACCAGCAACCUUAGCCGGUGAAACGAAGCGUUUGGCAUUAACGGUGUUCCGAAUAGUCGGAAAGAAAUAUCCAUAUAUUUUGGAACCCCACCUUUCCACAAUUGUUCCUUCAAUGAUAUUAUGCGCUAAUGAUCGAAAUAAUCCCGUGAAAUAUGCCGCGGAACGAGCUUUACUUUAUUCACUUCAACUCUUGGAUGGCGAAUAUAUGAUGCAGAAAUUUUUAUCAACGAUUGAUGCUCAAACGGCCAAAUCAGUUACCGAUAUCCACAAACGUACAUUGUCAAAACUUGUUCCUCAAGAACAACAAAGGUUAAGACAGGUAAGCACUGGCGAUGAAGUGGACGAAGAAAUGGAUGAAGAGCAAGAAAUUUGGGUUGUAGGCAGUUCUGGAACUUUUGACAAUGAUGAACAGGAGUAA